AUGUUUGAUUCGUUACGUGCUACAUUUGAAAUGUUUGGUGAUCAAGUAUGGUUUUUUCGUUUUUUCGUCAUUUUUGGUGUCAUAUGUGUAUAUCGUACACUUCUAAAUUACGUUAUUCGUUCAAAUCAUUGUGCUAAUCCAUUUUGUUCGAAAUGUGUGGGUUCAAACACAAUUCGUGGUCGUGCAAUAAAUUAUAUUAAAAAUGAUAAAGAUGAAGAAGAUUCAUUAAAUUCAAUAAUACUUAAUAAUUUACUUCAACAUGAUCGUUUAUGUCGUAAAAAUGAUGAAAAACCGACUGUUUAUUUUCAUCGUGGUUUAAGUAGUAACAUUAUUCAAUUAACCGAUCAACAAAUACUGAUUGAUCAUUACGAUGAACUUCGUCAAGAAAUUGUUAAAUAUUUUCAACAAAAUGAUAAUAUUCAAUGGAUAAAUUUUUAUUUAUAUAAAGAUGGUGAAGAAAAUAAAACUAAUUGUAAAACAUUUCCAAAAUUAUUUGAAAUUUUACAUUUAUUACCCGAUGCUAUCUGUAUUAAUAAUCGAAGUUGUCUUUUUGGUAAUUGUUAUCUUACACGAUUAACAUCAAAGAAUAAUGAUGAAGAUAAAAAUAGAAAUGGUUUAACAAAUUGUUGUAUUCGAAUGCAUUUCGGUUUGAUAUGUGAUGAUCAAUCACCAGCAUAUGUUCUUAUUAAUAAACGAAAACAUUUAUCGAUUGAAAAUAAACGUAUUACUUUAUAUAAUCAUGCAAUUGAACAUUCCAUUCAAAAUCCAAAUAAAGAGCAACAAGUUUUUCUAACGAUUGAUUUUUGGCAUCCAGAUUUAUCAUCUGAAAUGCGCAAACAAUUAACAUCUAUCUUUCACACUGAUUCAAUAUAG